AUGAUCCGCAGGAAGCGGACGGCCCUCGCGGCCCUUUUCGCCGGAUUGGUUAUGGCACACGGAGUGAUGGGCGACGACAUUCUCAAGACGAUCGGCUUCGACACAUGCGAGCAGGACGCCCAGGUUUCGGUACAAAAGGCCGAUAUCACCUACAACAACGCCGACAAGACGGUUACUUUCGACGUGGCGGGGACGAGCAACCAAGUACAGAAUGUCACGGCUCAUCUAACAGUGACGGCAUACGGGGCGAAUAUCUACGAGAACAAGUUCAACCCUUGCGACGAGGGCACCUUUGUGAAGCAGCUAUGUCCUGUCCCCGCGGGUAGCUUUUCCGCCAAAGGAACCCAGAAAAUUCCUGCAGAGUUUGCCGACUUGGUACCGUCGAUAGCAUUCCAGAUCCCCGAUAUUGCCGCCAUGGCCAAGCUCGAGCUACUAUCGGAAUCCACCGGUAAGACCGUCGCUUGCAUCCAGUCCGAAGUAACGAACGGCAAGACCGCCAGCGUCCCCGCGGUCUCUUAUGUCGCCGCCGGUGUGGCCGGUGCCGCCCUCAUCUUGACCGGUAUCUCGGCUGCUGGAGCUGCCGUUGCCGGAGGUAGUGCUGCCGCAGGAGGAGCAGGAGGAGCAGCAAGCAGUGCCGGCAUGGGCACCAUCAGCCCCAGCUUCACCGAAGUAUUUGGGUUCUUCCAGGGCAUGGCCAUGAACGGCAUGUUGUCUGUCAACUACCCUCCCGUCUACCGCAACUUCGCCAAGAACUUUGGCUUUUCCACGGGAAUCAUCCCCUGGGCGGCGAUGCAGACCUCUAUCGACGACUUCCGCGGUAAGACGGGCGGCAACCUCACCCACAACAGCUUCAUGUUCCUCCGGGAGAACACCACGCUCGUCUUCCCCGAUAACACCACCAUGACGCUCCACGAGAACAACAGUGGUAGCUUGCCCGUCAAGCGCGCCAUCAACGAGUUCAUCCGCCUCGCCACACGCGAGAUCGAGACCAGUGUUAACCUCACCGAGCCCGGCGCGGCUACUGAGUCCGGAAACGGUACCACUGCCCUCGACAAUCCAGAGAGCUUCCGCGUUGCCGUCAAGGGUAUUUCACAAUACGUCGAGCAACUCUCUAUCCCUUCGGCCAACAUGUUCAUGACCAUCCUGCUCAUCGUAGCCAUCAUCAUCGCCGCCAUCGUCGUCGGCCUUUUGCUCGUGAAAGUCGUCCUCGAGUUCUGGGCCCUCUUCGGCUCGUUCCCGCAAAAGCUCGCCGGUUUCAGGAAGCAUUACUGGAUCUCCAUUGCGCGCGCCAUCACCUCGCUCAUCAUGCUUUUGUACGGCGUCUGGGUGCUGUACUGCGUCUUCCAGUUCACGCAGGGCGACUCCUGGGCGGCUAAGGUCCUCGCGGGAGUUACCUUGGCGUUGUUUACCGGUGUUUUGGCCUUUUUCAGUUACAAGAUCUGGAGCACGGCUAGGAAGCUCAAGAAGCUCGAGGGCGAUAUCGGAGGACUUUACGAUGAUAAGAACAUCUGGGUUCGGUAUUCGCUUUUUUACGAGUCAUACAGGAGGGAUUACUGGUGGAUUUUCGUUCCCACGAUUCUUUACAUGUUUUCCAAGUCGGUGGUCCUCGCGGCGGCGGAUGGGUCUGGUAUGGUCCAGACUAUUGCGCAGCUUUCUAUCGAGGGGCUGAUGCUCAUUUUGCUCAUCUGGAGUCGGCCCUACAGAGGAGGAGCGGGGAACGUGAUUAACAUCAUGAUCCAGACGGUCAGGGUCCUGUCGGUGGUUUGCAUCUUGAUCUUUGUCGAGGAGUUUGGGAUCCAGCAAACGACGCAGACGGUUACGGGCGUGGUGCUCAUUGCGAUCCAGAGCACGCUGACGGGCAUUUUGGCGAUUUUGAUUGUUUGGAAUGCGGUCAAUGCUUGCUGCAAGGCGAAUCCGCAUGUCAAGAAAAGGAAGGAGAUGGAAGAGUUGCAAUCCCGCGACACCCUCACUCCCCUCGAUGCCCGCAACUCCCUCCUCCUCGGCCGCACCAAGACCACCGACACGACCUCCACCUUCGAAACCCUCGACAACAAGCCCUACCACGACGAAGAAAAGGCCAUGCUCGCCUCCCGCGAACGUGACUCCGUCCCUCCUCUUCCAGACCUCAGCCUCAUCUCUGGCCCCAACCAGCGCACCUUCACCGCCACCACCGUCCCCCUUGGAGGCCCGGGACUUGACGCCAGCAACGCAACGAAUGGUGGUAAGCUCGGCAGAAUCCAAUCCGGCUACACCAUGUCCGUCUACUCCGAUUACCAACGCUCCACCACCCCCUUCCAAUUCGACGCCGUCGCUGCGCCGCCAAUGCCUCAGCAGCCUCAGCAGGCUCAACAGCAGUUACAUGGCAGAAAGGGAAGUCGUGAGCAACUCACUGCUAGUCCGGCGCCGAUGGGCAUGGGUAUGGGUCAGCCGCCGAUGAACCCGAUGACUCGCCAACCGACCAUCCCCAACGUUGGGGCAGCUGGUGUUGGUAACGGAUAUCGCGGUAUGCCCGCCACGGGUCAAGGUCAAAAUCAGGGUCCAAGGUCAGCUAGAUCUGGCUCUGCACCCGGUCCAGCUCCCGGACAGGGGCAGGGACAGGGACAGGGCGGAUAUCAAAUGCGUUUCCAACCACAACGACCACCGAGGUAUGGAGCUGGUAGUCAGAGUGCUGGGAGCGCUGUUGGUGGGUAUGGCCAGAGGCAGGGGAGUGUGAGUAGCCAGGGCCAGGGUCAGGGAGGAUAUUACGGUCAACAACAACAGCAGCAGAAGCAGCAGUGGCCGCAGCAGAGGCAGGGGAGUCAGAGUAGUCAGGGAGGAUACUACGGUCAGGGACAGCAGCAAAGAGGUCCCGGAGGACCGGUUUAUAGGCCGCAGCAGGGACAGUUCCGGUAA